GCGCGCGCAGCGCCAUCCGGCGCACCACCCGGCGGCUCCACCCAGCCCAAGGGGCGCGGCCCGGGUGGGAGGCGGCGAGAGCGCGAGCAACACUGGCGUCUCCGUGGCGCGGCAGGAUUCACAGAUGGAGUCAGUGGAAAAGACAACGAACAGAAGUGAACAGAAAUGCAGAAAGUUUUUAAAGAGCCUCAUUAGGAAGCAACCCCAGGACCUGCUCUUGGUCAUUGGGACCGGCGUGAGCGCAGCGGUGGCCCCAGGUAUCCGGGCUCUCUGCUCUUGGAGGAGCUGCAUCGAGGCCGUCAUCGAGGCUGCGGAGCAGUUGGAGGUUCUGCACCCUGGGGAUGUGGCAGAGUUCCGGAGGAAGGUGAUGAAGGACCGGGACCUGCUGGUUGUGGCCCAUGAUCUGAUCCGGAAGAUGUCACCUCGCACAGGCGACACCAAGCCCAACUUCUUCCAGGAUUGCCUGAUGGAAGUUUUUGACAGCUUGGAGCAGCAUAUCCAGAACCCUGUGGUGCUGCAGUCAAUCCUCAGCCUGAUGGACAGAGGCACCAUGGUGCUGACCACGAACUAUGACAACCUGCUGGAGAUCUUUGGGCAGCAGCAGAGCAAGCCCAUGGAGUCCCUGGACUUGAAGGACAAGACGAAGGUCCUUCAGUGGGCAAGAGGCCAUAUCAAGUAUGGAGUCCUUCAUAUUCAUGGCUUGUACACAGACCCCUGUGGGAUGGUGCUGGAUCCAUCGGGCUAUAAAGAUGUCACUCAAGAUGCAGAAGUAAUGGAAGUCCUGCAAAAUCUCUACCGUACCAAAUCAUUCCUGUUCGUGGGCUGCGGAGAGACAUUGCGUGACCAGAUAUUCCAAGCACUCUUCUUGUACUCUGUGCCAAAUAAGGUGGACUUAGAGCACUACAUGGUAGUGCUCAAGGAAAAUGAAGACCAUUUCUUUAAGCAUCAGGCAGAUAUGCUUUUGCAUGGAAUUAAAGUAGUGUCCUAUGGGGACUGUUUUGAACUUUUCCCAGGAUAUGUGCAAGACCUCGCCACUCAGAUCUGCAAACAGCGAAGUCCAGAUGCUGAGCGAGUAGACAGUACCACCUUACUGGGUAAUGCAUGUCAGGACUGUGCAAAGAGGAAGCUGGAAGAGAAUGGAAUUGAAGUUACAAAAAAAGUUAGACAGUCAGAUACUGAUGAUGCUGGAGGGUCUUGAAGUUUUUAAAACUUGAAACUUGAAAACCAGCCUUCUGUAACCACAGUGCCAUGCCCGAGCGAUGAGGAAUGUACAGAGGACUCCAUAUGGAUCUCUUAAUAGUGAACUGUCAACAUACCCCCAAAAGAGCCAUGUGGGUGUGUGGCCUUUGUGGUUGAAUGACAGAGCUCUAUGUGUUUAGCUGCUCAGGAGGUGACAUGGACACACUUCAGGUAUACUUAUACGGACUAAUGGACAGCUACCUCAGGGACCAAAUUGAGGGGUGGGAGGUGGGAUGUACCUGACAUUGUUCCCUUUUCCCAUUUGACAUGUUUUCCUAUGUUAGGGUGUUAUUUUUCCUAAUAAAUAGAGGAGAAUGAGGACUAUUCAAGCAACUGUAGUUGCCAAAGAGAAAAUAAGACAUAAACAUUUAUAUUUUACAUCUUUAUGUGGAAAUAUCUUUUACUGUAGAAGGUUUUUAAAAGAUAUGUUGGUUACAGUGUUAAACAGUAAAGAACAAGUGGACUGUAAAGGGACUGAAGCCGCUAGUGAAAAUUGUUGUUUUUAAAGGGAUGACUAGAUCAAUUUGGUUUCUUUGGAAUUGUGACAUUUCAUAAUUUCUGUUCCAAAGAAAUGGUAGACUGUCUGUUAGUGAGUGUUAAGUCCAGAGAGACUGAAGACCUUUCCCAGAGUCUUUAGUGCUGUCUAGAUCCACUGUGUAACUUCCAAGUUAGAAAGGGAAAGUGAAGCACAAGACCAAGCUUUAAACUUUUAGAAGCUCUAAGCUUUCCAAGUCUUAUUUCUCCAGGAUAAGGCCCAUCCUUUCUGUUCUCCUCUCUUCCCAUGGUUCAUAUUAAAAUUUACAUGGAGUAUGGUAGGCACUAGUUUGAAAGAGCUUGCCAGAUUUUAACUACAUUCAAGGUUAACUUCUGGGGAAACACCCAUGCUCAGAGUACUGCAUAUGCCCACAGCUCCUUUGAUAGUGACUGUGGCAAUGGCUCAUAUGUUGUACAGAGUAGUCCUGAAAGGAAGACUUCUUAGAAACAGGUCCUGCAUGGUUCAUUUGAGGCUAUCCAUCUUUGAUAAAUGAUGCCAAGCUUUGCCUAUGACAUUGCAUGGAUGGCACUGUAGCUCUCAAGGGACAUUGACAAUUAAGAACAGGAAACAGGUUGCUACAAGGAAUAAAGUAGAAGCCAGAGACAGGCUGAAGACACCUCCCUAACCCUGUGCUUUCUAAGUGUGGAAAAUAAAUCUUUUAUGUCACUGGUUAUGAAUAAAAUUUUAAAGUCAA